UCAGCUCUCCCUCUGCUUGCUUUGUAUGAAUUUUCCUCUGUGCCAACUGGCAUGAGCAAGCUAAAAUGCUCACAAACAUAGCGGGGAGCAGAAAAGGGGGGAGCAUGAAGGAGGUGCACGGCACCCGAUGCGCCCAGGCAGGGUGAUCAGAGCUGGGGGUGUAUUUGCUUUGUAUUGAGGUUCUCUGGUCUGGUGGUGGGCAGCACUUACAGCUCACAGCGCCAGCCGUUGGGAUAGCAGCCCCCGCAGGUUCAUCUCAGUCUGUGUCCUCUUGUUUCAAUGUACUUCUGAUGAUGCAUUCAUAGAGCAGAUCAAAAUCUGAUCCUCUUAAAUGUUUGCUUUCUCUUCUGAUGCCAAGUCAGAAAUUAAAUAAUAAUAAUAAUAAAUGAACGAGCUUAGCCAUUAGAAAGGCCCUUUUCUUUCCUCAGUAAGAAAGAUGGGGAUUUUCCUCCUGGAAGAGCUGUGACGCAGAGCAUGGCUCACCUGGAACAGUCAUUUCUCCAGUGCACACCUGCAUUUUCCACUCCCAUGCACACAUUGCAUGCACCCAACACGGGGAAAGUUCCAGAGCUUGUGGCAGAAGCGAUGUUCUGUCUUCCUGCAGGAAGCAAUCCCCUUUCAGCUCCAUUUCCAGCAGCUCCUGGGGCUGCGUGAGGCCCUUGGCGCAGUGGUUGGGUAACCAAGUGGCAAAUGCUUCCAUUCGUUUCUCAAGAAGUCCAUAGCUGCAUGACAAUAUGUGGAAGGAGGAAGGAAAAAGGAUUUUCAAGAGACAUUGCAAUGCAGAACCACAAGCAGGCACAUUUCUGCAGGAAAUAAGCCUUGCUUUAGGGGAUUCAUUAGAGAAAAUUGCAACUUUUCAAUGAGGAGAUCACCACCAACUUUUGCUGCAGUGGGGCAAUAGCUGUUGGUGGGUGCUGAUGUCAGUCCCCACCUCGUGUUCCCUGGGCUGUGCCUCAGCAGGGCUGUGUGCUCCUCAGACCCUUCCCACGUGCCUGGUGCCACCUCCCAUUGCAGCAGCAGCCACCAGCACCAGUCCAAAGCUAUCACGGUGCACACUGACCCCUGCCUCAUUCCAGCUCCUCCUUCCUCUCUACAACCCCAGGAGCUCCACUGCAGUAAUGCCUCCUGCAUUAAACAACCCCCUUUAAUCGUCUUUAAUUUCAUGACCCCCAAAAUGGCAGCAUUUUAGAUGAGAUGAAUAGACACCUCUCAAGAAUGUGAGCUCAGAAAUAAGAGGUUGCAAAGGACAGUGGAGACAGAUGGUCUCUGCCACAGAUCAACCCAAAAGAUGGUCCUUAGCCACAGGUCAGACCACCACCAUCCCGCAACUCAAGAGGACUGGAUAAAGCUUUGGCUGUGUUUCACAAGCAAGAUGCCAGCAGUGCCUGAGCUUUCUGGCAGACCUGCAGAGCUGGAAGCAUGGGGAUUUCCUUCCAUCUGCAGAUCGCAGCUCCUUCACAGGAGCACACUGAACCCAAAAUGCACUGAGGGCUGUUUGUCCUGGGGCUCUGAUGGACAGACAGAGAAACCCCAGCUUAGCCCUGGGUACAGGGCACGCAAGCACCUGUGUUGUGUCCUGCAGCACCUGCCAGAGGGUGCAGGGAGGACGGGCACAGCUGGCACUGCCCUCUGGCACAGCACAAGGGCUGCUAACGCUCACGGCUGGGGCAGCCUUAGAAAUCCCACAUUCAUUUUGUGCAACUGCACGCCAUUGAUUAUCGCCUGUGCUGGAGGCCUGGCUGGCUCUGCUUUUUAAGCCACUCACAAUAGAAAUCUGUUUGCAGAAGAAUUUGCUGAAAACAAGUUCAGCAAGAGAGAGAGGCACUGCUGCUUUGUUAUCUCUGCCCCAGAGUGCAGCAUGGCCUGAAUGAAUGCAAUAAUCCUCUCUUCCUCUCUGCUCAUUAAACAAGAGAGCAGCCUGACUCAGUAUUCCUCAGUAAGAGCAGUCAGUAUUUUUUUACCUUGCAUCCAACAUCAGGGUCCCCUCUGUUAAUGUUGGACAGAGAGCAGCAGAUCCUGCAGCCCUGCAGAGCAGUGCCUUGGUGCAGGACAGCAGGAUGGCUGCAGGCCAUGGGCACUGCCUGCAGAGUUAGCAGCAGGCUUCCUCUUUCCUAAAGCCCGUAUAACAAAAUGGUUUGAUUCUUCAGCUGCUCAAAUAGGCAGAAAAAGGCUGAUAAUUGUCCGGGUUUUCAGACCUGGGCAUUCAGCAUAGCCCCUCUCUAUUUCUUCUUUCCCAAGCUGGCCAGGUCUGAGCCCUUCCCAGGAUGAGAUGGAGGCACCCAAAGAGGAAUGAAAUCACCCUGAGAAAGAGCGCCCAGCAGAGCAGUGCCAGCAGGGGCACAGAUAAAGCGAGAGGGGAGCAGAGGGGAUUAAAGUUGCCUGUUACAGACACAUGGUGGCACACACAGUCAUGGAAGAAAGCAGGAAAACUGAGAGGCACGAAAGGAAUCCCAUCACACAGAGGGAGAGAGCAAGAAAGACAGCUACAAGCCCUUCCCAACCACACAGCUCUGCUGCAGAACACAGGCAGGAGAAGCCACAGAAACGCUUUGAAAUGCUCCUCCCAGGAUGUUCCUCACCUUCUCAUUAGCUCAGCGCUUCCCCAAGGUGGGGAGGUGCUGCUAGCAAGCGGAUGCAGGUCAAACACACCAUAAAAUGGCAACCAAAAUGCAAGAGACACAGCACCCAGGGAAGGCUGGGGAUCAGAAAAGAGGCAGAAAAGAGAUUUUGCCCCCAGGCCUGCGGCAGGAGCAGGGCUGACCUGGAGGGUGACAUCCCCACCCCAUUGAUCUCCUCAGACUCAUUCUGGUGUGGUACUGUCCUCCCUAAGGUUUGCUCUUUGCCCACAGCAGUCUAGACACAGGGCCGUGCGUGACUCACAGCCUUCUUGUGCUCAGAACAUUUGUUCCCACUUCUUAAUUUAGAGCCGUGCUCCGAGAGGAGAAAUCUGGGCGUCAGCCUUAACCUUGGGACUUUUCUUCCCACGCCUCUGGCGUUAGCAGGCCGACGGUCCCACCUCUGGCCUGAACCAUGGCCGAGGGGGAGAUAACCACCUUCACAGCCCUGACCGAGCGCUUCGGCCUGCCGCUGGGCAACUACAAGAAGCCCAAACUCCUGUACUGCAGCAACGGGGGCCACUUCCUACGGAUCCUGCCGGACGGCAAGGUGGACGGGACGCGGGACCGGAGCGACCAGCACAUUCAGCUCCAGCUCAGUGCGGAAGACGUGGGCGAGGUCUAUAUAAAGAGCACAGCAUCAGGGCAGUACCUGGCAAUGGACACCAACGGGCUCCUGUACGGCUCGCAGCUACCAGGCGAGGAGUGUUUGUUCCUUGAGCGGCUCGAGGAGAACCAUUACAACACAUACAUCUCCAAGAAGCACGCAGACAAGAACUGGUUCGUCGGGCUGAAGAAAAAUGGGAACAGCAAGCUGGGGCCGCGGACUCACUAUGGGCAGAAGGCGAUCCUCUUCCUCCCGCUGCCAGUGUCGGCCGACUGACUCCCAUCCCACAGCUCACAGCUCACCCUGCCACGGCGCCGGCCGCCCACCCCUGCUGCCCCUUCCUGGCGUUUCAAUGAAGAGCCAAGCGUUAGAGCCCCGAGCCGUAGGUACAGGCUUGAACCAAACCAGACCCGAGCUGCUCAGCCCUGCACGACCCUUCGCAGUGAUGACGAGGAGCCUCGAGGACAGCCGUGCACCGUGGAUGUGUGGCUUCCAGCCCGGCUGCUGCUGGAACCCAGCACCCCCAGUGCCCCGUGAUCCCAUUUGUCCAUCCAAGUACGUUGCUGCCACAGCGCCUUCAAGUAACUUCAAACUGCGCCGUUGUUCGUGUUACUGAGCAAAAAGCUUGCAGAUAACUUCACCAUACUAAGCCAGCCAGAAGCUCCAAAUCCUCAGCAUCUCAACCCUCCUUAGAAUAUUGCUGUCCCUCAUGCUAAUAUCUGCCACGUUAUUUGUAUUUAUUUAUUAAGCAGAUCUGUCUCUUCCACAAUCCCUUUGUAAGUAGUGCACGUGGCACCAAAUGCCCUGGCGCUGUCCUGGAGAUGCUGGAGCAGAACAGGAGCAGCAGCAGUGCUGCAGUUCAUGUGGCUGAGGGAUUCGGUGAGAUUCCUCCUGGAUGACAGCUGGGCUGGGGACACAAAGGUGGAGCUGCACGGCUCCUGAGUGCUCUUUUCAGUGCUUCCUUCCCUACAGCCCCUCCUGCUAGGCCUGGCUUCCCGUAUUGGACAGCAAAGGGAAAAAGGCAGUUUGGUCCAUAGAGUAACAUAACAGUGUUAAACAUUCCAUUGUUCAAAUAACAAUUCUAGGUCAGUGGUGAAAAGCGCUCCUCUUCUGAUUAGUAAAGAUGAAUAAUUGCAUUUAUUUUACCUUUAUUUUUGUAUAAUAAAUCCUUGGGAACUGCAGAA